CCCCUCCCCCUCCCUCCCUCCCUCCCCCGGGCCGGUUAUCACGGGCGGGCUCGUUUAAGACACUCGGAGAGGUUCACCGAAAAUAGAAGUUGAAUGGAUCCGAGGGUGGCUUGGAUUCAGCCCGAACAGAAAGGACCUGCGAACGCCUUAUGGAUGUACGUCUGGGAGACUUCUCAGGGAGUACGGGCGCACUCCGCCCAGCACCACAAUCAAAACUACAACCAGUGCGUGAAUUACCCCGCACUGGACAUUUUUAAAAAUGCCCCGGCCGCGGCAUCCGCCAAGAGUGUGUGCGGCGGCGGCGGCGGCGUUACGGCCGGCGGCCCGAGCAGCGGCCAUCGCAGCAUCAUGAGCGGCACCCGCGCGAACGGCGCUGCGGUGCCUCCCCUGGGAAUAACGCUGUGCAACGGGAACGGGAGCGCACCGAACUCCGUGACCCCGUCCGGCGACGCCGGUGUCACGGCGGAUCCCGGCGCGGGGAAAACGGCGUCCCCAAAGACGGGAUCUGGAUCUGGAUCCGGAUCUUUCUCUUCCUCUUCUUCGUCCUGUUCUUCUUCGUGUUCUUCUUCUUCUUCCUCGUCGCUGUCCUCUUCGCACGGCUGCGGAGCGGACAGCCCGUCGCCCGGUUGCUCGUUGGAGAGGACUAAUGGUGGAAAUGUAACGGGGAAUAACAUGAAUAAAAAUGCCGGAGGUGCCAACCUGGUCUUUAACUUCAGUGACAGCGUGCACAACAAUGUCAACCAUUAUCACCACCACCACCACCAACACCACCACCAACAGCACCAACAGCAGCAACUCCAGGAGAAUCCCUCUUUCGAUUUACAGCAAAUGUGUGCGAAGCGUCACCAGGUUCACCCCUCCGCGCCUCUAAACCAUCACAAUCACCACCCGGGCCGGAGGAAAAGUGACAACAAGGCGAGCACAUACGGCAUGAAUUAUUUGCUCUCCAACUGCACCAACGGCAACUAUGUGAGCAUCUGGACGCCCUGGAAAACGAGAAAAUACAACCCGGGAGUUCUUGGACUCCAUGAGGAGGUGAUGGACUUCUACAACUUCAUGUGUCCUCGGCCAGAGGAAGCCGCCAUGAGGAAGGAGGUGGUCAACAGGAUAGAGAUGGUCAUCAAGGAGCUUUGGCCAACUGCAGAUGUCCAGAUAUUUGGCAGCUUCAGCACCGGGCUAUACCUUCCAACAAGUGACAUUGACCUGGUGGUGUUUGGGAAGUGGGACCGCCCUCCGUUGCAAGAGCUAGAACAAGCCCUGCGGAAACACAAUGUGGCAGAGCCCUUCUCCAUCAAAGUGCUCGACAAGGCUACUGUACCAAUUAUCAAGCUGACAGACCAGGAGACAGAGGUGAAGGUAGACAUCAGCUUCAAUGUGGAGACUGGAGUCAAGGCAGCACACUUCAUCAAAGACUAUGUAAAGAAGUAUCCAGUGCUUCCUUACCUGAUCUUUGUGCUGAAGCAGUUUCUGCUGCAGAGGGACCUGAAUGAAGUCUUUACCGGAGGCAUCAGCUCUUACAGUCUCAUCCUUAUGGUCAUCAGCUUCCUGCAGCUCCAUCCUCGCAUUGACGCCAGGAACCCCAAUGAGAACCUGGGUGUCCUGCUCAUUGAGUUCUUUGAGCUCUACGGCCGCCACUUCAACUACAUGAAAACAGGCAUCCGCAUUAAGAAUGGUGGCGCCUACAUGGCCAAGGAGGAGAUCAUGAAGGCUAUGAACAACGGUUACAGACCAUCCAUGCUCUGUAUAGAGGACCCACUGCUUCCAGGUAACGAUGUGGGUAGGAGUUCCUACGGUGCCAUGCACGUGAAGAACGUGUUUGAUUACGCUUACACAAUCCUGGGCCACGCUGUGUCACCGCUAGCAAGGUCGUACCCCAAUAAGGACUCUGAAAGCACACUGGGGAGGAUAAUCCGGUUAACCCAGGAAGUGAUCGAGUACAGGGAGUGGAUCAUCAAGAAGUGGGGGGGCAAGCACCUGGCACAAACUGAAAACAGAGCUUCACUCCGCAAGGAACCCGAGUCAGAGCAGGACUCGGGCUGCGUGCUGAGUGUAGGCGUUGGUGUUGGUGUGGAUGAGCAGCAGAGAGACUCGGUGUCACCUCACAGUGCCGACUCUCCCAUGUCCAUCUCCAGCCCCCAGCAGCACUCCUCAGCCUCCUCCAUCUCAUCGCUCUCCGGAUCAGACAACGACUCUGAUUCGACACCGCCGUGCCCCCUCCCUCUGCCAGCCCUCCCCCCGUAUGCAUCUUUCCAGCCGCUGGGCCUGGCUUUGCCCCCGGGCCUCACCUUGAGCGCUGGCAAGCCUGGCAUGGGCGGGCAACAUCUCAUUAUGCCGCCAGGUUCACAGGCCCGUGUCUCCCUGCCCGGUGGUCUAACGAUGCACUCCAUACCUGGCAGACAGGUGUGUAUAGACACCGGGCUCCCCUCUUUUGUCCACAUGCCCCCCCCACCCCACGCUCAUAUCCCUGCCCUUUCUAGCCCUCAGCCUCUGCCCAGCCCCCACUCCAGCCACACACACAAGAAUGGGGUCAAGUUCAACAUGAAGAGCUUCCAUAACCCCACACUGGUCAGCAGUCCCGUCCUGGCCAACCGUGGACACACACACACACAGUACCACCGCAACACCUGGCGGCGCAGAAAGCGGGACAGUCUUCCUGUCAGCCUUAGCAGAUAGAAAACACCCCACUGCCGCCGCCGCCGCCACCACCUUCUCCCGUCUGUCUGCACACCCUGGCUCUUCGUCUUGAAGGCAGACAGACAGACAGACAGACAGACAGAGUACCAGAGACCAGCAGCGAACGGUUGCAGGCUGCCUUGACACGGAACAACAGCCUUCAGCUCUGCAUCUCUCUCCACCUCUCCUAUCUCUCGCUCUUUGUCUCUUCAUUGCCGCAUGGUUUUUUUUGUUUUUUUUUUACCAAGUGGCUUCCUCCUCAGAACGGGGCUGACGCAGCGCCCUGCUGCCACCCGUUCAGCCCCCACACGGUUCGUCAGCGGACGCUCUGGACUGGGAUGACCUGCUUGGGCCGGAGAUAUGUUUUGACUUUCUCUUCUUCCCUUGUACGUUUUUUUCCCUCCUCUUUUGUUUAGUUCAUUAUUCCUGUUUUUAUUCCGUUGUGUUUUUUUUUUUUUUACCUUCAUCGAGGGCCCUGAUAAGUAUUGCAUAAUGUCAUUGCCAGGUAGGAGCGGCCAUGUUUAGUCUGUUGCAUGAACCGCUUUAUUUUUGCUGACCUUGUCGUGGCUCUGUAUUGACCCCUUGCAGCCAAGCUGCCCAUUUUUCUACGACAGGCCCCCCCGCCCCCGGUCCCCAACCCAGUGUACACACUUAAGAACAAAACGGUUUUUCAUUUGUGCAAUAAUAAUUUUUUUCUUUUGAAAAAUAAAUGUUUAUUUAAUUUUGUGUGUUUAUGUAAAGGCAUUUUGUUUUUUUUUUAAUAUGGUUAUUUUAUUUUUGUAGAGUUUUAAUUUUGCAGAGAGUUUACAAAAACUUUCCCCAGGCAGCAUCUUAUGGAGAGGUAUUCGUGUGUGCGCGUGUGCGUGUGUGUGUGCGUGUGCGUGUGUGUGACAGGUCCGGUUGAGAUGGAUCGAGGUCUAACGUCCCCUAUUCCUCUACUGCUCACAGACAGACAUUGUACUGUGUCAAAGGGAAGCCAGAACAGCGAGGGGCAAGAAGCUAUUUUCUCCCGAAGAGUCUUCCUUCCCUCAUCACACUCUGUCCUCUAAAAUGGACAAGAUGAAAAGAAUAGUCCCCAGAAAAAUUCUGUCCCCCGUCUAAGUUAGUGGGAAGGAGUGAAGGGAGGAAGCGCGCCCCGUGUCACGCAGGUUCAGAGGGAAGGCGACGCAAUUCUGCUUUCACCACCAGAGGGAGCUCUCGCCUAACUAUAAACACUCCACAGCAGAUGGCGCAUUUACUCCACAACCAGCUACCACAACCUACGGGCAUGAGUGCGCGCUCAUCGGUCUGUGUGUCCUUUUUAAUGGACUCUACUGUUGCCAUAAUAUUUUCAGUCAGGGGAAGGCUAGUAGCGUCCUGGCUUUCUUCCUCUUCAUUGUCCCAAACUGGAGAAGAGUUUGAAAACCAUAGUGCAGGAUUUUAGCAUGAGAGUCUGGUUACUUACACACGUUGUAUGCUGGUGUGUUCUGAUAUGUGUGCUUGUGUUCUCUUACUGAGUGAUGUAGGAAGGUGGGGUUUAGGUGAGGGCACAGCUGACCUGACCUGAACUUGAAGAUCAAGAGUAGCGGCCAGAGUUGCAAUAAACCACUGACUCCAGGGACAAGGAAUUCCUGAUCUGCCCCCUAGCUGUGUUUGGGCACAUCGGUGUGGAGCUCUGAUCCAAGAUCAGUGGUUCUGGUCAACUCUUGCCUGUAGCUGUAAAUCAGUGCAGACCAACAUUAAGGUGCUCAAACAAUAAAGGACUCUCCUUUGUCAGCGUGGACGAAGGAGGAGGAUGAGGAGGGAGGGUCUUCCUGAACCAAGGACCCUAGAGAAAGGGAAUUCUAUUUUGAUUCCGUUCAGGAAUCUUGUGUAUAUUUGAUUGCCAGGUACUUCCGCUAAUUGUUUGCAAUGCCUUUCUUUGUGUUUACUUGGGAGUGUGUGUACAUCGUUUCUGCGGGCACACCGUGUCACAAAAGCGCAAACACUUACAGACGGGGACUGUCAAAAGGCUGUGACUCGCCCAGAACACCACACACGCUGUUGUUAUUACUAUGCAAGUGGAUUAUUCUAAUUAUUGUGUCACCUUUAUAUUUCUGUUGAUUUUUUUUUUCUCCAAUAGACAACCACUGCUUGAUGGACUGGAGUAAUGUUGCCGUCAAACUAGUUUCAACAACUCUCGCCAUUGGACGGGCUGACUUGAUAGCCAAACUUAUUAGUGAACUACAAAACCCCGACCUAUCCCAAUUCAUCCUACCCUUUGUAUCUGUAUGCAAGUCAUGAUAUGUCUCAAAAGUCUAGUUUUCUACAUCUCUGUCAAACAUAGGGAAGCGGGAUGUUAAUGUCAGUGGUUAGGUCUGUGUCGGUGUGUGUCUCAGUGAGCAUGGGAGAGACUAGUGAGAUUCACAGCUGGUUUUUAAUCAACUGCUCAAUGGCUCAUGGGCAGGUGCACCUAGAGAGCGACUUGCACUCUGCGGGGCACUCUUGGAGGGGUGAAGUUAUCUGCUAGCGAGUCCUCUGGCUUUUUUACUGAGACCGUGUUGAGUGCUGAUGUAACACUCGGUGUUUUGUUUGUUUUUACCACGGCAACUCUGAUCCGCCAUUCAAAACUCCACCUCAGUUGACUCCUGUGUUCCCACAAGCAGGGUUAAUGCUCCCUCGCUUAAGGCCCUAUGGAGAGCUACUUGUCACAUCUAGCUAGACUGAUGCCUCAUAAAUAAUUAAAUGGUUUUUAGAACUCAAAUAGUGGAUGCCGUACAGCCUCCGAAUCCUCCGUAGCUGUACAGAGAGGUAUCCUUAAUUGCAUUAACUCUGUUUUUACAUAAUGUAUUUAUUGUCAGUCUGAUUUUUCCAGCCCACCAGAGAAGUAAUGGUUUGGAUUGCCCAUUAAAUGCUCCGUGUUACAUUCAGUCCUGAUCCCUGAUGUGUAUGAGCUAGCUUUAUCUGAGAUGGAUAUGGUAGGCAAGCUUUUCCAACUUCCCAAAGUAGCAUCCCCAACUGCUAGGUCUGCUUUCAAGAGAACCGAACCAGCAUUGACGAGGAGCUGAAGAUAAGCUCUUUGAUGGAAUUUUGGUGACCGGGUUAGAGUUGCCUGCCAUUUGACAGAGCUAAGGCUGACAUGCCGUAUCCUAAGAAGUCUGUAUGGAUUUAUAUCUCUGUACAUCUCAGUGGUCCCGUGUCGCUCAACCUGCAAAUUAAUUUUUUUUUCCUCUUCGUUUUCCCCCCAAAAGGAAGUAGGUGGUGUAUGUGGAGGCAAACCCCUUAGUGGCCUUCCACCAUGUUGCAUUCACCUAUUCAUCAUGGCUCAAAUGAAGGAAAAGGAAAUGACAGAGGGUGACUGGGGCCACUGAGAUUUUGGCAUAAACAUGUACAUGUAGAUGCAAUGUGAUACACCCCCAUUGCAAUACAAUGAGGGAUUUUAAACUGGCGGCUGCCAUUUAGAGAAAGGGGGCGGCUCCUCUGUGUCCUGGCCGAUUCAUGUGAGCUGUAGCCCUCAAAAUGGGCGCCUAGGUGGCCAGAGGAACCCGCUGCCCAGCUUUUGUUUUAAACAUUUUUAUGUACCGGUAUAUUUUUUUCUAUUUUAUUUUUUAAUAAACAUUUUAAAACUGCCAA